AUGCCCUACGCCCACAAGGUGUUCGAUCAAAUUCCCGACCCCAACAUAUUCACCUGGGAUACCAUGAUCAGAGGCUAUGCAGAGAGCGACAACCCGGCCCGAGCAAUACAUGUCUACACCCAGCUGCGCGCGAGCUCGGCCCGCCCCGACACCCACACCUAUCCUUUCCUUCUCAAAGCCGUUGCUAAACUAACGGUCCUGAGAGAAGGCGAGAGGGUCCACUGCGCUGCAUUGAAAGACGGGUUUAGCUCCUUGAGGUUCGUUCAGAACGCUCUGGUCCAUUUCUACGGUGCCUGUGGCCAGGCAAAAAGUGCCCACCUGGUGUUCGACAAAAUUCCUCACAAGGACCUCGUGGCCUGGAACUCCGUCAUUAAUGCGUACCGCCUCAACGGCAUGCCCGAUGAAUGUUUGACGCUUUACAGGAGAAUGAGCUUGGAGAGUAGUGUCGUGAAGCCCGACGGGUUCACACUGGUCAGCUUGCUGACCGCGUGCGCCGAUCUCGGCACUUUAGCCCUCGGCAGGAGGGCCCACGCGUACAUGGCCAAAAUAAAGAAUUCCCUGGCAUGGCGUUGGAGAAUCUCCUGA